GCUAAAAGAUCCUUACAUCCUUUCUUUCAUUGUUUCUAAUAGUGCAUACACAGAGAGGAAGUUAAACCCCGUCUUGGUCUUGUUUCUUGUUUCAGUUUAUCAAUCUUUCCCUUUUAAUAGAGAUAAACUCGACAUGAAACGUUUGUUUUGUAAAUUGUUUCAGUUUUGCAAUAUAUCUCCCUCUUGACAGAGAAUAACUGAACAUGUAACUGUAAUGGAAAAAACUGAAAUGAUUACUUUAAGGUUGUUUAUUGGAAUCUUUUUGUAUUCUGUUACAGCAGAAUCUAUCUCAGACGACUGUCGUUUGCCAGGAGUUUUAUACCAAGGAACCAAAAGCAUAACAAAAACGGGUAAAGCAUGUCAAAGAUGGGAUACACAGAGUCCACACGAACACGCUUAUGAUGUGUUUAGCCUUGCAAAAGAGAACUACUGUCGAAACUUUGAUAGAGAGGAGCCAUGGUGCUUUACCAAUGACACGGAUGUCCGCUGGGAACUUUGUGGCGUGAAAGUGUGUGAAACCCCUUGUCUCAAUCAGUCAUUUUAUACAACAGAAAUAAAGAGCCAGUGUGUUUCUGAUAUCCCAAGUGAUAGUGAAUAUUGUAGCAAUAUAUUAAACCUAGUCUCAUGUUUGAAGAAGAAUAUAGAAUACUUCACUGGUGUUAAUUGUUCCCAGAUAACAUGGCGAUCUAUUGCUCUGCAAAUAAAGAGCACUCUAGAAGACUUAACUGGGAAAUCCAUCUCUCAAUGCAUUCUCUCACAUUGUCGACAUCCCAGAUUGAUAAAUAGUUAUUUUAGUCUCAUGAGCUUUGCCACCCCUUGUUCCAACAAAACAACCAUUGAAACAACAGGUCUACAUGUAUCAACACUUUGUCGAAUGUAUCAGCGGAUUGGGCAUUGUGUUGUAUCAAACAUGCAAGACAGAGACAAAACGAACUCUACUUGUCUCGUCAAAGAUAAAUUAAUCAUGUACAACAGGUUUAUAUCUCUUACUCCUCCGGCACUCUUGAAAAGAAAUGUUAGUUUUUGUUUCAAAUAUUUUAAUUCUGAAUUCUCUGCUCCGCUGGAUUAUAUAACAGAUACUACACUGUCUGCAGAAAGUAUAGAAACAAACACCGACUUUUCCCAAACAGCAAUCUUUCUUGCAGUGGGAUUCGCGGUUGUACUAAUAUUUGCCGCCAGUUUUGCAAUCAGUGUAUACAAAAUAAGAAAAAUAACAAUGAGAAAAAGACGAAAAGAAUUGAUGCGCCUUCCUAGUAUUCCAAGGGACUCUCCAAGCGAAACGAGGUUGACCAAUGCAGAGAGUCCCUAUUCCGAUUCCAACUAUGAAACAAUAGAGGAACCAGACAAGCGUUGCGAACCUUUACGCGGAGAAGGAGAAAAUACUUUAUUUCUAACAGACGAAGAUGGACAAUAUUUAGAGCCUAACAAUGCAGACGGAACACAUUCAGAUAUAGUGCACAGCGUAAAUGGACCUAAUGAUUUCAUUAACGUUUCUCCUGACAUUGAUUUAUUAGAUGAUACGAUUAACGAUUCUCUUAAAUCGGAGGCUGUGGACAUUUUACAAUCCGAUAAUACUGCUGCAAUGAACGUAAAAAUAGAUGUGGAAAAAAAUGAAGAGGUAAACGAAGAUUUACCACCACGAGUGCAAGGAUUUUGAAAAGCGAAAGUUUUUGUAAAUCUCAGAAUUUCUAAAUCAAAAAUUACAAAGAAUAAGAGCAUCAUUCAUCUUUUUAGAUAAUAAGGUUCAUAUCCAGAUCGCAUGAGAUGAUGAAAAGAUAGAAUGUUUGUUUCGUACUUAUGUAGAGAUGUUGUCUAGGAAAAGAGUACCAACCUAUAAGAUCAUAUCGGAAAACUUACCGAAUCAAUAUUGUAUAUGCAUUGCCAGUUCUUUUUAAACAUAAUUUUAGUUUGUGGUAUGAUACAUUAUCAUUAAUCAUAAUACAAAAUAAUACAUCUGUACUCAUA